UUAAGAGAACAUUUUGAGAAAUGGGGCACACUCACAGAUUGUGUGGUAAUGAGAGAUCCUCAGACAAAAUGUUCCAGGGGCUUCGGUUUUGUAACUUAUUCUUGUGUUGAAGAGGUGGAUGCAGCCAUGUGUACUAGACCCCACAAGGUUGAUGGACGUGUUGUGGAACCAAAGAGAGAGCUUUCUAGAGAGGAUUCUGUGAAGCCAGGAGCCCAUCUAACAGUGAAGAAAAUUUUUGUUGGUGGUAUUAAAGAAGAUACAGAAGAAUAUAAUUUGAGAGACUAUUUUGAAAAAUAUGGCAAGAUUGAAACCAUAGAAGUUAUGGAAGACCAGCAGAGUGGGAAAAAGAGAGGAUUUGCUUUUGUAACUUUUGAUGAUCAUGAUACAGUUGAUAAAAUUGUUGUUCAGAAAUACCACACUAUUAAUGGGCAUAAUUGUGAAGUGAAAAAGGCCCUUUCUAAACAAGAGAUGCAGUCUGCUGGAUCACAGAGAGGUCGUGGAGGUGGAUCUGGCAACAUUAUGGGUCGUGCAGGAAACUUUGGAGGUGGUGGAGGUAAUUUUGGACGUGGUGGAAACUUUGGUGGAAGAGGAAGCUAUGGUGGUGGAGGAGGAAAUUUUGGUGGCAGUAACUAUAAUGAUUUUGGAAAUUACAGUGGACAACAGCAAUCAAAUUAUGGACCCAUGAAAGGGGGGCAGUUUUGGUGGAAGAAGCUCUGGCAGUCCAUAUGGUGGUGGUUAUGGAUCUGGUGGUGGAAGUGGUGGAUAUGGUAGUAGAAGGUUUUAAAAACAACAGAAAAAGGGCUACAGUUCUUAGCAGGAGAGAGAGCGAGG